CCCCCCCCCAAUUCCCCUCACUUACCCCCGCAGCCACGUACGUCGAACAAGAUCUCGCGUGAUUCUAAAAGCAAUCGUGUGGCUCAAAUCAGCCCCAGUAACCAGUAUUCUAGGCGCGUCAGGCAGCUUACCCACCUUCCCGAUAUUCUCAUUAUCAAUUGGAAAUCAUGGACUAUUGACAGUGGUUGCUGCAUUCUUUGUCGCUCUCGCUCAUUCCAUCGUCUGGGAGUGCAUCAUCUUGGUAUACUCUCUAUACUGGGGCCCAGAUUCUACGGAUUACCAUGGCCAGGAUCAAGCAGGGGAUUUUCUCGUGGGAGGAUGUACUGGCGCAACGGUAUCAGAACAACAAGCCAACCGCCCUCCCUCGGACCCGGCGAUCCAGCAGCGCCCAACAAGGCCAACGUGCGUCGCAGCCGCAGUCGCAGCAGCAGCAGCAGCAAAAGCCCGACACCCGGGGCGAAUGGGCCUUUCAGGGGGACAGCGCCCUCCUCGCGAAGCUAUCACCGGAGCUGCGCAUGGCGAUCUGGGAGCUGGUGCAAGGCGGGAUGCGCAUCCACAUCGUGCAGCGCGCGAAUCGCCGAAUGGGACAUGUCGUGUGUCCCAGCCGGGACGGGGUGUUGGCCUGUGAGAUCUGCCAGGGCGGGCUUCCCAGCGCGACCAAAGCUGCGAGCCGGAGGACGACGCCGACAACGACAGCAACAACAACAACAACAACAACAACAACGGGACUUCUGGCGUUGGCGUUGACGUGUAAGCAGAUCUACACCGAAUCCAUCUACACGCUCUACACGCUCAACACCUUCGAAUUCAGCAACACCUGGUCCCUGACGUACCUGCGGCCCACGAUCCCCGCGGACUUCUGGGACGCGAUCCGCGCCGUCGAGCUCCGCUGGGCCUUCCCGGGCCACUGGCUGCCCAGCAAGGACCCCGUCAAGACGGUCUACUUCGCCGCCGGGCGCCAGCAGUGGCUCGAGACGUGUCAGGCCGUCACGCGCAUGCGCAGCCUCCAGACCUUCACGCUGCAGCUGCCCUGCAGCUGGUUCGGCGAGCCCGUCGAGAAGCUGCCCCUGUUCCUGGAGCCGCUGCGCGGGCUGCACCUGCCCCGCCGGCGGUGGACGCUGCAGCUGCCGCGGCAGCCGUACUAUGUGCAGGAGGUGGGGAAUAUCGAUGGGGAGUUGCGGGAGAGGGGGAUCGAGUGUUGUGUUUGGGCGGUCGGGGAAGGGAGGUGACUCUAGGUUUGUGGUGGGAGGAUCAGGGGGUUGUAGGGGAUUCUUGUAUGUUUUUUAGCGAGGAGCGAGUAGCAGGUAUGGAUGCAUGUACCUGUGAACCAUUUGCAUGGAUUCCUGACCUCAGAUGCAUUAGAUGGGUCGGAUCAUCGUACAAGUCUAGAGACUUGACCAGUGCAAAGAGUAGUCCAAUGGACUGGGGGGGAAGUUGGGUCAUGUUCAUCCCUUGUUUCCAUCCCCCUCGGCGGUUUGCACUGAGUCGGCGGAAGAAUACUCACUCCGCAGAUUGUCGAUUCACCACCAAGCAAACUACCC